UAUGCUGCUGAUUACAUCGGUCUUGCCAUAAUACUUCCAAUCUGGAUAUGCCUCCAACUCUUCAUCUUUACCGAACCUUUUCAUCGCAUGUUCGCUCUAGAUGAUCGAAGAAUCCAAUACCCUCAUGCCGAUAUCGAACAUGUGCCUGUACCCUGGCUACUAAUCUAUGCUGGUCUAUUCCCUUUUAUCAUUCUUCUUGUCUGGAACUUUGCCUUUUCAAGACCACACAAGGCCCAUGUUACUUUGCUCGGUUUUGGUAUAAGUCUCUUGACAACCCUUUUUAUAACAGAUGUCAUCAAGAACGCUGUAGGCAGACCCCGACCCGACCUCCUCGCCCGCUGUCAACCAGCCCCCGGAACUCCAGAACAUCAAUUAAUCUCCUACACCGUCUGCACAAACCCAAACCACCACGUCCUCCACGACGGCUGGCGCAGUUUCCCCUCAGGCCACUCUUCCUUUUCUUUCUCCGGCCUCGGCUACCUUUCCUUUUUCCUCCUCUCCCAAUUCCGCAUUUUGCACCCUAGAGCAGGGUUAUAUCGCACCCUUGUUGCAUUCUCGCCACUAUUGGGUGCAGCAUUGAUUGCAAUUUCUCGACUCGAAGAUUACCGCCAUGAUGUCUUUGAUGUCGUGGUGGGCAGUUGCUUGGGUCUGGGAAUCGCGUUUGGGUGCUGGAGAAGGUGGUUUCCGGCACUAUCGAGUAGGGCUUGUGAUGAGCCUUAUGAUGCUUUUGAGGAUGGUAUUGCUGAACAACAGAGCAUGUUUGAGAGGAUUAGGGAUGAGGAGGAGAUGGUUGGCCAAGGGUUUGAGAUGCAGAGUAGAGAAGGUGGUUAUCUAGGCACGGCUGUGCGAUAG